AUGACCGCAGUUGUUGCCGCUGUCGCUCUCAUGGUUGGGGGGCUCUGUCGCCGAUCCCCGAGGAGGGAGCCGGGAGCGGCAGGAGCCUGGCCGCGACUCGCAGCGCUGCAGCCGCCCGCUGUCACGGCUGUCACGGCUGCCACCUCCGCCACCCUCCCUGGGCCACAGCGGUGCGUGGGAGCUCCCGGCGGGACAAUCCCCGGGGAAAGCCCCGCGGCUGCCGGGGCUGCGGGAGAGGGCGCGGGCAGGCAGGACCAGCAAUGUGCUCGCUCUGGAGAAGCUGGCGGCGGCGCAGCGGCUUCAGGGGUGCCCCCGGGUGCCACCGCAGAGCCGGCAGCCCCGGCGGGGCUGGGGCCGCUCCGCCGCCCCGUGUCCGCGCCAGGCCAGCCAUGUCCGCGCAGCUCCGGCAGCGCUCAGCGGGGGCCGGGCACGGCCCGAGCUGGCACGGCCCAGCCCAGCCCGGCCCGUUUCGGCCCUGCCCAGCGCAGCUGCCCCGGCUCGGCCCGGGUACCCCUGGCAGGGCAGGUCCGGCCCCGCUCGUCCCUCAGGGCCGCCCCUCCUGCCGGGAUGUGCCCGGCGCUGCCCCCCCGCCCCGCUCCCCACAAAGGGCGCUGGUGGCGAGGAAAGCGCGUUCUCCCCGAGCUUAGCUCCCUUUGGGCGCUGCACGGAGUGAAUGCAACUUCAGCCGCCGCUGCCGCUUCCAUCGCUGCCCUUCCUUCCUUCCCUCCCCCCGCCUCCCCUUCUCGCCUGAAAAGAGCAAACUUGCGCUGA